GACGCUACCCUUCCUCCUCGCGGCUGCUCUCGCGCCGCUUCAGCACGGAGCCUGGCCCUGAUUGGUGGAGCCGGCGCAGACGUUAGACCUCGCGUGGCCGGCGCUGGAGAGGAGAGGCGGAGCGGGACGGGUAAAGGAGACGGCGGUUGCUGUGGGGAUUUUCGUUGUCUCCCGAAGGUGGUAAGUCGGUGGGAGAAGGAGGAGAGGGAGGAAGGGCUGCAGGGAUGGGAGAGAGUUCGGGCCUUCACUCCACGUAGGCCCCACUGUCUUCAAUGGGCAUUGCACGCAGGUAACUGGGUGGAGGUAGAGGAGGCGGCCUUCCAAAAUAAAUCAACUCGGAUCAUUUUUUUCCUUGGUGGAGUCGAGAUUCCUGUUCAGAUCCGGCGAGUUACUUACAUGGCCUCUGGGAUCCCAAAAUCAUUGAGGAGAAAGUGAUAGUUCACAGUGUCCACCCAUACAAGACCAUUCAACAAUAAUCGGUUGAGGCAAUCUCUCCUAAUAAACAUUUAUUAUAAUGACACCACGCAGGAGGAACGUCUGGGAAUGGGAGGUUUCCCUCCCAUUACAGAACAGCUACAGAAAUUAUUAUUUUUAGCUGACAAAUAUUUGUAAACAUCCAGCGUUUGAAUUCUAGGGGUGGUGAAGAUGCAUUUCAAACUGCACAAAGAAUGUAACUAAGGACCACAGUGUGUAAUGGUAACUUUAUUAUUUAUACCCCUCCCAUCUGGCUGGGUUUCCCCAGUCACUCUGGGCGGCUUACAGCAUGUCUGAAAGCAUAAUGAAAACAUCAAGCAUUAAAAACCUCCCGAUACAGGGCUGCCUUCAGAUGUCUUCUAAAAGUUGAGCAAUUCUUUUAUCCCCUUGACAGUUCAACAGGGAGGGCAUCACUACCGAGAAGUCCCCCUCUGCCUGGUUCCCUGUAACUUCUCUUUUCGCAGUAAGGGAACCAGCAGAAGGACCUCAGGGCUGAGCGAUGGGGGUGGAGACGCUUCUUCUGGGCUGAGGCCAUUUAGACUCAGAAAUGUACCCUGUAAAAGGAACAGGGUUUCCACAUGGUUAAAUUUGGGAUUUUGUGAACUAUUGAGCAUUUUAGGUACAGUGGUACCUUGGUUUACAAACUUAAUCCGUUCCAGAAAUCUGUUCUUUAACAAAAGCGUUCUUAAACCAAGGCGUGCUUUCCCAUAGCAGCGGGGGACUCGAUUUACAAAUGGAACACACUCAACAGGAAGCGGAACAUGUUCUGCUUCCAAGGCAAAGUUCACAAACCCAAACACCUACUUCUGGGUUUGCAGCAUUCUUAAUCCAAGUUGGUCAUAAACUAAGCUGUUCUUAAACCAAGGUACCACUGUACAGUGGUACCUCUGGAUACGAACUGGAUCCGUUCCGGAGCCCUGUUCGCAUCCAGAAACAAACGCAACUCGCGUGCGCGGGUCACGAUUUGCCGCUUCUGUGCAUGUGCGUGACAUCAUUUUGACCAUCUGCACAUGCGCGAUGGGUGAAACCCGGAAGUAACGCAUUCCGUUAUUUCCGGGUCGCCGCGGAGUGCAACCCGAAAGCGCUCAACCAGAAGCAACUUCAACCCGAGGUAUGACUGUACUAGGGUGUCGCUAAUAAUGAGUGAAGGAGAAGCACUUUAAAACAUCUGGGUACUGCCUAAAUAAUUUAGAAAUUAGUAUAUGAGUGAGUGUCUUUGAUUGCAUUUCAGCAAAAGAGAUUUAUGCUUCCAAGGGAUAACGAAAAAUCUGGCCAGGAGAUUUGUGGGAACUUCUCAUAAUUUAAGGCAAUGGAAGUAAUUCCAGAACUCUAUGAUAUUUUCCAAGGAGAGGUAUGUGCUAAAACUGUUACUUUUCAGAAUGUAAUGAGCUUUGAAAUAUUUGUGUCUGCAUCAGAUUGAACUAUUUAAAUUGUCUUAUGGACACAGCCCAGAUUUAAAAUAUAUUCAGAACAAAUGUUUGAAAAAAGUAAGAAUAUCAAAUGACCCAUGUUUAGCAUUAUUUGCGUAUAUUAAAGGAUUAGAUGUGCAAGAAGGUCAGAAAGUUAUCAUUCAUCUCUCAACUGUAGCCCAAAUGACUAGCAGAAACAUGGUAAAAGCAGAAGACCCCGAAAUAGCAAGACUGGCUAAUUAAACAUUGCCCAAAUAGUUAAAUUAACUAAUAUCAUUAAAGUAAGGCAGAUGGGACAGCAGGAAAUAAUGUUAUUGAAAAGUUGAGCUUUUAUAUAGCUUAUUAGAAUGAAAAAGCUAAUGAAAUAAUGAAGCAUCAUGUGCUUUUGAGCAAAAUAUAAUACCAUAAUGAAAAGCUAUAUGUUCCUGGCAGAAAAAUAAAUGCUAUUUAAUAUAGGCAAAUAUUAUUGAAAUUGAUUGUUAAAUAUUGAGAUAUGAUAUAACCAUACACAUGAUUAAAUUGACUUUGGGGAAGGGAGAAUAUUAUUACUAAUAAUGAAAGUAAGGAUAGUAAAAAAUGAUAGUAGAUAAAUGCAUGCAAAUUUAAGAGGAGAAAGUACUCUCAUCAUGAACUUAUUUAAAUAAGUGACCUUAUUUUGCAAUUUUCCUUUUCCCUUUUCUACAUGAAUUUAUAUGUUUUACAUAUGUGCUUAUAUCCAUUUUGGAAAGCUUUCCACUUUAUAAUUUGGCAACUGGAAAAAAAGAGAAAGUAGUAAAAAAGCUGCAAGCCUGAACAAGGAACUUAUGUCUGAGUAAAUAAGAAUGAAUAGUCUUAAUAUUCCUCUUAACAGCGCAGUCAUGUUAUCUUUUUACUCCUGAAAAAAUCCAUAGACUUGGAUAGGAUAUAUCUGAAAUAGGGAAUUCUUCCUUUUGCAGCCUUGUAAACAAGCCCAUAAGUUUCUACCCUGUAAAAUGUUUUGGUACCCUGCUGGGGUCUGACAGAAGAGGAAUGGAGAGUUCAAUCCUUCCUGCAGCAGCUUGCUGAAUUUUUCUGAUGGUUAUGGAGGUGGGGCCUUCCAUUCUUCAAAAGCUUGCUUAGUUACUAUUCUGAUCUCAGAGGUGAAACAGAGUGCUCUUUUCCUCCUCUUCUAGUCUGCACACAUGCACACAGAAUUCCAUGUAGCUGCCUGCAUGCAAUCUCAUUGUCACUCAUUACUGCUGGCCUGGUGCUUAAAUACAAGGGUUGGAUUUUGGCAGGCUUCAUUGAGACUAGGUAUUCAGGUUUCAAAUGUCUUAGUGGCUAUUUUUGGUUUGAUACCUUAUAAUUUAUAACUCAUAGUGCAAACCUGGGUAUCUCUGCUUGAAAGUAAGCCCCACUGACUUCAGUUAGACUUGUAUUAAGAUAAGAAUACAUUGGAUUGCAGUCUAAAUAGUAGACUGCUUUUGAAAUGUACAACAUGGAAUGAGAUGGGGAGGAGCCAUACCUGCACAUAAACAUCCCAAGUUCAGUUCCUGCCAUGUCUAGGUAAAGAGGUCAGAUAGCCAUUGAUGAGAAAAACUUCUUCCUGAAACUCUGAUCAGCCAGUGUCACAGUAGACAAUACUGGAUUAGAUGAAAAGUUACUAUAGGGAAAUAGAAUGCCAACCCUUUUUGACCAAUAAAUGUUAUUUUCUUUACAGGUUGCUUCUGUGACAGAAUAUGGAGCAUUCAUUAAAAUUCCAGGAACAAGGAAACAAGGUUGGGAUCUCUAUCAGUUGUAUUAAAUGGUGUUUUGGUUUUUAUAGUAAAAGAUUAGAAAUCAAAAUACAGUGUUAACCCAUUAGGAUUCUUAAAACAUUUCUGUUCAUUUCAUCUGUCAAAGAACAUUACUUAACAAACUUUUUUUCUCCGUCAUACUUCUUCUUAGGCCUUGUACACAAAAGUCACAUGUCAAACUGCAGGGUGGACCAACCCUCAGAGUUGGUGGAUGUGGGAGAAAAAGUGUGGGUGAAACUUAUAGGAAAAGAGGUAAACAUUACUGUCCUGUUUCUGAGGUGAUUGUAAAAUAGGAUUUUGCACUUCAACAAAUUACAUGAAGGUUUUUGUUAAGAAAGAAGUACACACUGAUCAGCUUUUUACUUUGAAGAAAGUACCCCACAGUCCUGUCAAUGGCUGAUGUUGCGUUUAUGUUAACGUUGAAUUAAUGAUGAGAAGCCCGGUGGGAAAACAGGAGAUGCAGUACUAGCUGUGAUGACUCUUUGGUCGGGGUGUUUUCCCUUCUGUGUAGAAUGUUCCUCAUCACAAACCCCUGGUUGAUUUGUUCUUUGAGGUCUGACAAAAAAAAAAUUUCAAAAGAAUAUUUCCUUGUCUUUCAGAAGACAGAUGAGAAGUUAAAAUUGUCUCUUUCGAUGAAGGUUGUUAAUCAAGGAACUGGAAAGGACCUGGACCCCAACAAUGUGACCCUUGAGUAAGUAAAAUAUGUUGCACUUAUGUGGGAGUAUGGAUUUUUUUUAUUCUUUCAUUUUCCCCUUUAUCCUCAGGAUGUGUGGCCCUCCAGAUGUUGGACUGUAACUCCCACCCCACCCUAUCAACAUGACCAUUGGUCAGGGAUGAGGAAGCUAUAUUCCAACAAUAUCAAGAGGCCAUGGUUUCCCCAUCCUUGCUGUAUCCCAAUGGGCAGUGGUGCUGCUAGGGCCAAAUUUCUGGGUGCAUAUCUGUGACUUUGCAGCCCAGGUGGCUCCAAAUGACCUGAGAGACCAAGCAGCAGCCAGCAGGACAGGAUGUGGUGAUUGCACUGUGACAACAGCCAAGAUUCCAGCAAGUUGGAAUCCUUUUUAUUGAUUUCCCCCAGGGCAAGAGUGACAGUGAGGAGAGCCAUUCAGAUUCUGCCUUGGGGUUGUUGGACCAAUGAAGACACAGGGGCAGCCACAGAACUUUCAUUGGUUCAUCUACCGCAAGAUGAUGUCUGAUUAGCUUACCUUGCUUUCACUCUUGUCCUAGGAAAAAUAAUUUUAAAUUAAAUGGUGUAUAGGUCGCUGGAGCAGAGCCUCUGUUGCCAGGGCAGAACUAUCUUUUUUUGUGUAUCCUGGAAGGUAACCUGCAUCUGCCCUGAGAUAUCUCCUCUUCCCAAAGACUACAGAACCCCUCCAAAGUCGGAUGGCCAUAAGCUCCCCUCUGUCAAAAAGCCACACACAAAGAAAAGGAGACCUGCUAUUCCCAUUUGCUUCAAAGUAGACCACAUGAGAAGCAAAAGGCAGGGAGCAAGGAUGUGCCUUGCACAGGGUGCUAUUGUUGCAUGAAUCCUGCUUGUUCCAAUUGUCUGGGGAGAGUACCCUGUCCGCAUUGAUUUAUGUGGGUCCCCUGGAAGACACAUUGAUUGGUGCUCCCCCAAAGCUGCAGGCCCUGUUUAAAAAUGUCUGACUUAAUUUCUGACAUAAAGCUCCUUAGAAUUUUGCUAUUGGCUUCAGCUGAACUAGGAUUACACCUCAAAACAAAUGGUUUUGUCUGUGACUAAAAUCUUUUAUGUCUGCACACAGUCAAGAUGCACGGAAGAAAGGCUCAUUCAAAGACUACACCAGCCAGAAGAUCACUCUAGAAGCAGUCUUAAACACAGUUUGCAAAAAGUGUGGUUGUCCAGGUAUGUUGAGGUCAAAUUCCUAUUUAUUUAUUUUAAACAUUUGUGUCAUGUUACCUUUGUGUUUUUACAACACAAGUGAGAACUGUGCCACUUCUUUCUAACUGAGUUACUGGGGUUCAAAUAGUAACUCAUCCCUGUAGCUCUUGCUUGGUGGCCGUGGUUCAGCUACUGUAUCUCAACCUAAACUAUCUCACAGGGCUGUUGGGGGGGUAGAAAGGGGUGGGGUGCACUUUUUUUGCCAAAGGGUGGGAUAAUUGUUUGUUUAAUAAUAAUGCAGCAAGGGCAGCGAAGUUUUGAAAUACUGUUCACAACAUCUUCAAACUUAAUUGUGAGGCUAUGAAUGUUAGAAAUAUUUAGGGGGUGUUAUUACAGCACAAGUGAGAACUGGACCACUUCUUUCUAACUGAGUUUUGGGGUAGUCAAGUCUGCUCAUUCAAUUAUACUUGCAAAUAUACCUUAUACAAAUUUACCUUAAGCCAAAGGGCUGGGGUGUUUUGUUUGGGGGAGAGUUGUUGCCAUUGGUUCUUUGUAUACUUCAGGUUUUCUUGUGAUUAUUUGGAAAUUUUUCAGUUUGGUUUGUAUUUUUUUUUAAUGUCUUUUUAUUAAAGUUGGUUUGUAUUUUUUUUAAUGUAUUUUUAUUAAAGUUGGUUUGUAUUUUUAAUAUUUAUUGUCUGUGACUAUUUUUGUUAAUUGUUUUUUAUGGUGGUUUUUAUGUUGUAAGCUGCCUUGAGGAUGGUUUGAAUGGUGGAAAAGAGGCAUACAAAUAAAAUUAUGUAUGUAUGUAUGUAUAUAUAAAAGUAAUAAAGUCCUCAGUCACAAAUACCAGCAUGAGUGGAUGUGGAAAUCAGCAGUUCCCAGGCAUGCUGUAGGUAGAACUCUUACCUCCUGCUCCAGUAUAGCCAGCACAAACUUGCUUUGCAGCCUUCAAAGACUGAGGAUACAGGGAAUGGCCUCUUGCAGUUUCAGGAAAUACAGGCCAUAAUGGCAAAACUUUCCAUAGCUAGAAAAGAUGAAUACUGCUGUUUUACUUUAAGGUACUAGAAAACACAGUAGGGGCAGAGAGGUGGUAAGCAACAAGGUUUGUUUUAGUUUUUUAAUUUUUUUUAACAUUGCGUUGAAGGUCAUUUUGCAAAAGAUUGCUUUGUGCAGCCAGGAGGGACCAAGUAUACUCUGAUUCCAGAGGAAGAAGAAAUCCCUCCAGAAGAAGAAAAGAAGGCACAUAAAUCUGAAGAUUUUGUGAAGAAGAGAAAAAAGGUAAAAGAUUGGCUGACAGGAUUGAGAACAGGUAACAGUUCUGUUGCCACAUUCAUUGAGAACAAGCUCAGCAAGCUGCCAGUUACAGUGAUGUCAGCAAUCUUGUACAUAAAAGUAAGUCCAUUUGAAUCCCAGUGUCUAUAGGGAGUGGGCCUUUGCACUUUUUAAAAAGCUCUUUUUCCCCCCAAAGGCCUAUCUAAAUAUACUUAAAGAGUAAAAAAUAUUUGGUGCUCUGUGCUUAGGAUGUUUAAUUUUCUUAUCCGGGGGCAAAACUAGGCUUUAUGUGACCCAAGUCAAAGACCCAAUUUGGCGCGCGCACACAUACACACACACACAGAGGCUGGGAGCGUCAGUGACGCUCCUCUGAAGGCGUCAACCGGGGCAAAAACCUGGCUAGCUCCCCCAUAGUUACAGCACUGUUGUACCUUUACUUUUUCCUUGAUUUUAUUCUUAUAGUUUCUGUAUUCUUAUCCUGCCUUGGAUAUUUUAUAAAAAGGUGGGAUAUAAAUCUUGGUAAUAAAUAAGUGCUGCCCCUUUUUCAUCUUAGCACUUUGUAUUUUGACAACUGUUGCUGCUUUACCAUCUUAAGGGUUAGGAGCUCUGUAUCUGACUUCUUUUUAGGUUUCUGUUCAGUUUUUGCAAGUACUGUUGCUGCAAAAUGCAGCUUGGAUCAUUGAGUAGCAAGGCCUCUUUGCACAUAACAUUAAGCCAAAUAAUAGUUUGGCGCGUAUUAGCAAACAUGCAGGUUUAGCUACUCAGCAUCAGUACUGGGUGAAAAGCGCAACGGCUCCAAUCUCCCCUUAAGGAACCUGCCCAUUUGCUAGCUAGCGCUAAGCCAUAGUUCUUCUUAGUAUUACAUGUGAACCGGCUUUUAGGGAAUCAUUUCCUAAUACCCUCCAACAGAAAAUCUUACGCGCACUAAUGUAUUCUCUCUAACAGGAAAAAAAGAGAAAAAAGAAACACAAGAGCAAAACUCCUUCCGAACUGGGGGAUUCUGACAGUGGUGAGUCAGAUGCUGGUGAUGUUCAGCCAUCAAGGAAGAAAGCAAAACGGACUGAAAAAGCCAGUGCAUCCCAAAAGCGAAAAAAGAAGAAGCAUCAUAAGAAGAAGCACAAGGACUGAGAAGCGGAUCCAAGGCCGUAGGCUGUGCUGACACAGUGUGCACCCUCUGGGCUCCUCUAAUCUGCUGGAGAAAAAAAUAGUUGAGCUAGUGCAACUUGCAUUAUAACAAAAGGGGAUUCCUCCUUUGAAAAGCAACGUUGUUUUCCUACGAAUUUUUUCCACAAGGACUGCCACUUUUCUCUACAUGAAGAAGCCAGCUGCAGUUGGGUGUUCCUUACCACAGAUGUUGCCCUCAUUCAUGUGAAACGCUUCUCCUUCUGUAGCUCCUUUUUCUUCUGGGCUUUGUGCCAGGCAGUUCCUUUGGAACAACCCAGAGCCAUCUCCAUGAAGCAUGCAUGGCACUGGCAAUCAGUGCAGCUUCCUUAGCCAGGGUGGCAGCUGUGUGUUGAUUCAGCAUCUCGCCAGUCAUUCUCCGCACGCCAGCAGAAAGAGCAGUGGACUCAUCAUCUUGGCUGGUCGAUUUGUUCUGCACCGGUCACUCCACUGCAUUUUUGCCCCAUUCAUACUGCAGUACUGGAGGAAGAAAAAAAAUCAUAAACUGAGUAUCCCUAGGGGUUGCAAAAGCACAAAUCAAAAUGUGAAAACAAGCUUUGUGCUUAUAUUGCUAGCCAUUUAAACUCUGAAAUAAAGCCUUUUUUCCCUCCCAAGGUGUGAUCCCUUUCUGUUACAUUUUGGCCAAUGGAACAGCUGGGUAAUAGAAAGAAAGUAGUCUUUCUGUUGGAUACAAAAUAGUCUUUAGGGUGUGGCUGUUUUCCCAGGCUUGCUUCCCUUGUCUAUUAAAUGGCAAUCUAUGGUCAGCUUGUUUGUUUAUUACACUUAUCUGUGCUUCUGUCAUAAUGCAGCUGAAGGUAACAUGGUCUUGCUUUGAGACAGUGACCUAGCACAGCUUAGUUUCACUGGGGUUACUAUAUUGUUUGUGGUGUUGAUUUUAGACUACCACCAAGUCGUCGGUUCUUUCAGAAAGAGUGCAAGGGCUCUUCUACGUUCUGCGUAAGUGCUUCUGUCAAAACCAUGACAAGGAAAAACACUUUCCCAUGUUGGGUGUGUCACUAUGAACUAACUAGGAAGUCUCUGCCAAAAUCCUCUGCUAUGAGGCUGCUUCAGUUGGUUUGCUAACCACACGAUGUCAGGCAAGUAGAAUGAGAGCUCUUAUUCCACGUAUGAUUCACUGCUUGUGGACAUCAUACACCUGACUGCCUUUCCUAAUGACAAUAAAUCAGGCAUUCUAUUGGUCUGGUUUGCACAUCACAUUAAACUGUGGCUAAAGGAAAAUGUAAUUAAAUGUGGACAAGCAGUCUCUGGGUUGAUGCUGCUGAAAUCAUAGGUGCUUUGCUCCUCUCCUGCUUGGAAGGAAGCCAGUUAGGCUUGUCAUGACCUGGUGUGAACCUGUGGUCUGUUUCCCCAUAAGCACAAGCCUGGGUUUAGGCAACACAAAAUUCUGGAGUCUUUCCCUGCAGGAAAGGAGUAAAGCAUCAACACUUUGAGUGUGCUCUAGCAUGCUACUCAUAUAUAUUAAACGAUAGCUUGUUUUAACUAUGGUUAAAGGCAGUCCUCCAACCUUGGUGGUUUCCAGGUGCUACAACUCCCAACAGCCCAAGCCAGGAUAGCAGUGCAUGGCUAGGUUGUGGGAAUUGUAGUCCAUAGCAAUUGCAGGUUAGUAAAUGGGAGAAGGCUGGUUUGAUGUGAUGUGCAAACCAGGUCCACUUGGUUUUACUGAAGGGGAAACAGUCAUUCUCACCCAGUGCUUUGUUGCUGGAGAAUGCCAGUUGGUUCGCAAUUGCCUGCAAUUAGUCUUUGACCUGUCUAGUAGGCUGUUUGCUUUUUAAAAAAGAAUUUUGCUCUUCACUCAUGCUUCUUAAGACAGUUUACAUGGGAAAAAUUGAUGGAGGAUCUGAACUAUCCAGCCCACCAGCAGUAUAAUGGUAGUGAUGGUGGUAGUAGUAGUAGUAAAGCUAAAAAGUUUGAAUGAAUAAGGUGGUGUUCUGGCAUUGAAAGACGACCAAAUGGGCACCGAUAAGGUGGCCAGUCUGCCACUGACUUCUGGUGGGGGCACCCAGAGGACAGCCUCCAAAAAUGACAGUGCAUGAGCAGGGUGACAUGGGAACAGCUGUGGCUUCAGGUUUCCAUGGGUCCCAAGCUGUGUAGGGCUUUAAAGGUAAGCAGCAGCACUUCGAAAUUACCUUAAAAAAUGUACUGGCAGACACUGUACUGUACUGGCCAGAUGCAUUCUCAAAGAUCAACACCAGUUAAUCGUUAAUUAAUUACGGCAUUAUACAAUGCCUCUUAGUCCCUUUCUCUGCCCCACCCUCUGAGCAUGAGGUUGUUCUAAAGGGCUGUCAAGAGUUUCUUAAGGACUCCUUAAGACUCCUUAAGCGAUGAUGAUCUGAUGAUCGGAAGAUUUUUAAGCCCUGCCUUUCAAAGGAGCACAUGAGUUAAUACAUUCCUGACCACUUCUCUAUCACUGACAGAAUGGAAAUUCACAGUAAAUCAUUUAAUAAUAAGUUUUUAAAAACCCGUUUAAAAAAACAUAGGAUUUUCAAGAAGCUGGAUUCAAUCCCAGACAUACUUCCUGGCCAGUCCUGAUAUGCAUGUUCCAUGCCAGCUGCAAACAUGUCUGAGAAGGGUGCUUUUAGAAAGUAACAGCUAAAACCAUCUACUAGACAUGUGCUUUUAAAAAGGGGAAAUAGCAUCAUACUUGAUUCUCAAUGAUAAGUUCAUUGAUAUGCAAAUAGAUUUUACUUUUUGGUCAGCAUCUUCAGUGUCCGAAACAGCUGGGUUCUGAUUCUUUACUGGCAUCCUUCAGUAGUAACACCUGCUGCAAGGCAUAGUUCUUAUGGACUGCAGCAUAAUCUCCAAUGCAAGACCACAGCUGGUGUGUUUUAAAGCAGUACGUAUACUCCACAUGGAUGAGGUUGAGUUGACAUUAUUCUAGGUGUAGUUACGAUUCUCUAGUCUGCAAUAUUUAUAUUUUAAUUUGUAGAUGUUCCGGUUACUACUUUCUAAAAAUUGGGACUCUAGUAAUUAAAAAUCUGGGUUUCUUUUCCUUCUGAUUUCUGAGCUUUUGCUCACGUUGCUAUACUCCCAGCCAAUAUAAAUGGGAAAAACCAUUUAAGGAUUCUUAAUACAUGUUCAGAUGUCCCUACACCAAGGCAUUGGUUUGUAGCCUUCAGUACCACAACAGUGCAUUCUGGCAUAGUGAGCUGGUCUUCUUUCAAUAAAUGUCUAUAUGAUCUC